ACUUUUCCGUACAAAACACGAAUAUUUUCAGUCACAAUGGGGUCUCAUAUGCUGCAGCCGUUCAGAGCCGUCUUCGUCUCAUAUAUCUCUGCCGUCCCGUCGAAGGCCGACUCAAUUGGACCACAAUAUCUCAUCCUCUAGCUAACGUACACAAUAGUGGUAUAUCGGAUAAUCUGUGUACAUACUACACAAUUCGCUCUGGGGGGAUCAAACCGCUUGCGGAUGACACGGACAGGCUACUGCUCCCCCAUGAUCUCCCAUCAACCCCCCAUAUUGACAGUGAUCAUGAGCCAAGAGCUUUGCGGGGAUAA